AAGCGUGAACGCGAAAAUUUACGUCGAAAAGCCGGCAUAAAUCAUUUUAAGUACUGUCAAAAAAUACAAGCAUCGGCCAGAAGCCUCAUUCCUUGGUAAAUCAACGUAACAGCAGCAAGCCGUAGGCGUGGGCACAGUCUCGGAAUCAAUUCGAAAACAGGGGAAAAACAAAAAAGACUUUAAAGAUGUCGCACACCAUACUGCUGGUGCAGCCUGGGGCACGCCCGGAGACCCGUACCUACUGCGAUUAUGAGAGCGUCAACGAGUGCAUGGAAGGUGUGUGCAAGAUCUACGAGGAGCAUCUGAAGCGCCGCAAUCCGAACACACCGACUAUCACCUACGACAUUAGCCAGCUGUUCGACUUCAUCGACACGCUGAUGGACAUUAGCUGCAUGGUGUACCAGAAGAGCACCAAUACUUAUGCCCCCUACAACAAGGAGUGGAUCAAGGAGAAGAUCUACGUGCUGCUCCGUCAGGCGGCAUUCAGUCCGAAUGCCUAAAGCGCAUCCACACGGGCGAUUGGGUGGGAAACGGGGUAAUAAUCCAACCAAAAAACACGAAAUACCAACGCGAGGGAAACAAUAGCCCAAAAAGGAGAUACAGAUACACAGACGGUCAAUAACAAUAACCCCCAAAAGAAGAUGCAGAUACAAAAAAUACAACCCCAAAAAAACACUCAUUAAACACAGUACUUUAAAAAAAUAUUUUGUUUUGGGGAUCUGCAUGGGGACGCCUCAUGCAACACGCACAUUAUCGUGUCGUGAUCCUGAGAAAGGACUUUGAUCAUAAAACAAAAAAUUUAUAUUAUAGAGAUAUAUAUAUAAUUUCCUUCUAUCUCCUAAGAUUUACAACACAAAAACAUCGAGAGGAAAAAAGAAUACACUCGACACAAAAAAAAGAAAACCAACAAACUGUGCUCCCGCAUCCCAAAAUGGGGAAACUAGAGAGAAUUGUAAAGCUUAGAAAUUGAAUCCUUACUUUACAACAACUAAUAUAAUGUAUAUACUAUACACAUAACUGAA